AUGAACACAGAUUUCAAGUAUGCAGCAGAAUAUUUACCAAGGAUUGGAUGUAUUUCUAUUGUCGUUGAAGGUUUAGAAGAUUUAUGCGUCCAAAAAUUACAAUUCAACGAUACUACAAGUAUUUUAGAAGUCUCAAAUAAUUCUGGAACAAUAUAUCAUAUUAAGCUACCCUAUAUAGCAGAUGCUACUAUGGAUAUAUCGUCUAUUAAAUACCAGAAAAAUGGGCCUAAUGAAUAUGUUCUACGAUUACCUAUUAACAGUAUUGAAAAAUUAAAAAGGGUCAAUUUAUUAGAAAUGGAUGAUGAAUUAGAAGGAUUAUGGAGUAAAAAACAACUUCUUUCAUUAAGCGAUUUUAACUUUUGUUGCAUAAAAUGCCAAAAUAUUAUCAUAUCAAAAAGUAAUAGUUUCAAAAUUAAUCAAAUGCCAUCGGAAUAUUGGAUGGAAUUGAUGGAUUAUUGGCAUUGCCAUAAACCUGAUGAUAAAAGUGUUGCUGGUCAAAGAUAUUCUGUAAAAUAUAAUGGUUUACAACCCAAUAUUAAUGAACUCUUAGUCGGUGGAUCCUUCUUUUUAGGUCAAUCAAAUGUUUUCCAUAAUAUUAAAAUGGAUCGAAAUAUUAUUCGAUGUAAAACAUGUAAUACUUUAAUAGGUGAAAAGACAACUAACGAUCUUGCUAAAAUUCAUAAAUGGAAACUUCAAUUAUUGGCCAGGAGUUCUCCUGAAUUUCAACUUGCAACUACUUACCCACCCGAAUAUUCAGUUAAUCUUUCACUAAUUAAUUUUAUGAAAAGUAAUUCAACUCGUUACACCCUCCUGCGUUGUUCGAAGAGUGGAUAUGAUUAUAACAUAUUAGUUUGGUUAUUUGGAGUAGGUUUAAACAUUAGUUUUACUAAUGGGAUUGUUUUAAAAAAUACUUUAAAAAUAUUUUAUCAGAAAAUAAUAAAGGACAAUGAAGAAUUUUCUGAAGUACAGGCUAGGCUUGGUGGAAAUGUAAAUAUAGAAGAAUUGGCAGUAGAUGCAACACCUUUUGAAGAGUUUAUAAGAAAUUUAGAAUAUAAUAGUCAAUUUUUACCAGCAAACUUACAAUCAAUGAGAGAUUGGCAAAUCAGUUAUUUAUCUAUAUAA